CAACCCCAGGAGAAGAUGACGGACUCCACACCGCCAGACUCCACCGCCGUCCCGGACCCGGCCGUAGUAGGGGAACACACGGCUGCGAACGGGCAGUGCGAGCAGGCAGACUCCCAGCAGCAGCAGCAGCAGCCCAACACAGAAAGUCAGGGAGAGGGUUUCAAGAUGGACCAAGAGAUGAAGAUAACAGAGAGCAUAGAGGACCGAGGUCUUCUGGAAAGCAGUAUGCGUCUGAAGCCGCAUGAAGCACAGAGUUACCGCAAGAAAGCUCUAUGGGUGUCCUGGGUGUCCAUAGCGGUGACCAUAGUCCUGGCCAUCACCGCUUUCACUGUUUCCAUCAUGCGCCACAGUGCUUCAGCUUUUGGAUUUGCUUUCGAUGCCACGCUGGAUGUGUUGUCCUCUGUAAUUGUAUUGUGGCGGUACAGCAACGCAGCAGCUGUCCACUCAGCGCACCGCGAAUACAUAGCCUGUGUUAUCCUAGGUGUGAUUUUCAUACUGUCCUCCUUGUGCAUUAUGGGUAAGGCCAUCCACGACCUGGCCACCAAGCUGCUGCCUGAAGUGGAUGCAUUCCUGUUCAGUGUAUCCAUCGUCAGUGGCUUGGUGUGCAUCUUCCUGGCUGUGAUCAAGUUUAUGCUUGGCAAAGUGCUCACAAGCAAAGUCCUCAUCACUGAUGGAUUCAACUCACUAGUGGGGGGAAUCAUGGGGUUCUCCAUCCUCAUCAGUGCUGAAGUGUUCAAGCAUGAACCCAAGGUGUGGUACCUGGAUGGGACAAUAGGCAUCCUGAUAGGUCUUAUCAUCCUCGCCUAUGGAGUCAAGCUGCUGCUGGACAUGGUCCCACGGGUCCGACAAACCAGGAACUACGAGCGUUUUGAGUGACGGACCACAGAGUAAAAGAAAGAGGGCGAAGAGGAGGGUUUGGGAGCGGGUUGGCUGACUGAUUGACAGGAGAAGGAUGGGGAUUACUGUCCCUACAGUCUCUCCACAGACAAUCACAUUCAGUGCCAGUGGAGACGUCUGUGUCUAUAUAGUCCUUCCAUUCAAAGAUUUGAACUGAGCAUCCAGGCUGAUAUUGAGUGAGGGCGAAUCAAAUUCUUGCCCCCUUUUAAGUGUUUUACAAUUUGGUGUACAUAUAAUACCUUUAUCUGUCUUUUAACAGUGUAUG